UCGAAAACCAAUCCAAAAAUGCUCCACGGGAGCUGUUGAAACAUGCCCACCGUAACUUGUCUCGACGUAAAAGGAUUAACGUUUUAUUCUGCACCUCGACUAUCUCAGAUAAUAUACUUAUAGUGACUAGACAGAGAUUAAAAGUGAUAACAUUUGCACCUUUUUUCAUACCGCCAUAAACUGUGAAUGUUUCAGUAAAUGUACGAGUCCAAAUGCGGCAAGAGAAAACAACAAGAAAAAGCAAAGCAAAUCAACACGAAACAUAUCUAUGGCUAAUGUAAGAUCAUUUAAGACACCUAAAAGGAGGUACCGCGGAAAUUUCAAGUCUCCGCUACCUGCAUCACACCUAGCAUCCCCUGUCGUGACAACCCAGUCAAUGGAAUCGUUGAAGGAAACAAUAAAACUUCUAAAAGCAGAGAAUAAAAGUUUGGAAGAACAGAUUAAACAACUACAAUCUGAGGGUUAUGAUGAAUCAGAGCUGAGUGUGCACAUUGACAAGUUACACCAGUACAAUGACAUCAAGGACACAGGCCAGAUGGUGCUUGGGAGACUUGCUAAUGUAGAGGGUGUUACAACUCGGACACUGUACCAGAAAUACGGGCUGAAUGAAGAGGACUGACAACAUGGCAGGCUCCCCAGGUGUUGAUAAGUUUAACAAGAUUAAUCACAUGAACUUACUGGCAUCCUCCAGAACCAUGAUGAUUGUCUCCCAUGUUCGUUGCAUCCGAUACGAGUUAGAAAAUGUACCAUCAUUUUGUGAAAUGUUUUCGUCAUACCA